AUGUUUGAUAGGGUUGGUGGUUUUGGUCCCCCCCUCGCCGCCAAACACACGCCACGCGCGCGCCGAGGGGGGGCUGCAUACACCAUUACGGGAGAGUGUGAGAGACUCUUCUGCGAGACACUGCGAUCUGUUUUCCUGGGUGAGGGGAGCCAGAUUUGCGAGGACUCGCUUGUAUUGGGUACGCAAUGCAAGGUCGACGGCUAUCCGGAGCGUCUGAUGGACUCGCCGGAGCCUGAGACCAUUGCUGCGGAUAGUGGCGUUGUCAGCGACUGGAUCGAGAUGUGGGAUUACGUCGGCGGCAUUCGAUUCCGUGGCUUCGUCGCGGACAAGGAUGGCGAGAAGGCCAUGUUCGUCUUCUUCGAUCAGUCGGUCGUGGCUGGAGAUCUCAAGGCUGGCCUCAUGGCCCUCCUCGAACUCUGCGAAGUCGACUAUUUCUCCUGCGACCGCCUCGUUGUCUGCAUCGACCGCCACGCCGACACGACCGCUCGCGACUCGCUGGUCAAGGACCUCGGCUGGAUCGGCUUCUCGCUGACCACGCUCGACGACUUUUCCGAGGGCGCCGAAUUAACCAGCGAUAAGUGGUUGUUCAUGGAUAUGGAGACAUAA